GGUUUGUGGUCCGACAGAAGCAGCAAUUACAAGUGCGUUUCAACAAUCACUUUCUUGUUUGUCGAAGCCGAACGAAUAAAUCUAUUGCUCCCCGAGAGAUGGCGUUGAAUGUUCGCAUUCUAAUUGAAAGCAGACUCUGGGAGCCGAAGCCACACAUGGACGGUUUAACUCCUCCACAAACACGGUGCUAAGACAAUGGCUUCAGGAUCGCCCGGCGCGUAGACGUUUGUGAGGAGACUUCGCAACCCUUCGCUACCCCCAACACUCUGCUGAAAGCUGGGGGUGUCGUCAGAGAGAGCCGAGAACUUCGACUCAGGGUGAAAUUUACAGCACUUUUUUUCAGAUGAUCUCGGCCUAGUUUCUGCUUAGUACCAGUAGGUUCUACAAUGGGGAAGCUGCGCUGUUGCAAGAUGCGGGUUUUUGCCGUUGUUCUAGGAUGGAUGGCUCUCGUAGUAUCCGUGGUGUUGCUGGUGAAUCUGCUUUCAACAGAUAGAGUAAUCUAUGGCAUGCCUCCCCAACACAGAAGAAUGGUUAUAUCACUAAGCGAUGAAGCACUUGCAAAAAUUCAAGAAGAACGCCAAGAAACUGUCAGAAAAUUCUGCAAGGCAAACGGAAUUCAUCCUACAUCAAAUGUAGACCCAAGUUUACUUGAUCAUCUCUAUGUAGAUGACAAGCAUAAGCUCAUAUACUGUAAAGUUCCAAAAGUGGCUUCAACAAAUUUUAAAAGGAUAUUAGUUGUGGCUAUGGGUCUUGUCAACACCACUGAUCCCAUGAAAAUUAGCGGCUCCGAUGCUCACGAAAAACAUUUUAUACCCAAGCUCAGUUCUUACUCGCCAGAAGAAGUCCGGUAUCGUUUGGAUACGUAUUUCAAGUUCAUGUUCGUGCGGGAACCUCUAGAAAGACUGGUGUCUGCAUAUAGGAAUAAAUUCACUUUACCCUACAGCCAAUAUUUCCAAAAAGUGUUUGGAAGAAAAAUAGUCUAUCUCUAUCGCAAAAAUGCCACAAAGGAUUCUCUGAAGAAAGGGAACGAUGUGACUUUUGAGGAGUUUAUUCGUUAUCUGACUGAUGCCAAAAAAUCUUCUGAACAGCUCAAUGAGCAUUGGCGGCCAUUUUACCGCCUUUGUCACCCUUGUGUUAUACAAUAUGAUAUAAUUGGAAAAUACGAAACACUUGCAGACGAUGCAGACUACAUUUUACGAAUGGUGGGGCUAGAUGACAUACUCUCUUUUCCAACUAUGCCACCAAGAACCGGACUUAGCACGAAGGAAAGAACACUGACAAUGUUUCAGAAUUUAUCCCCCAUAGAUAUUCACAAUUUAUGGGAAUUGUUCUCUGUAGAUUUUGCUCUUUUUGGCUAUGAAUAUCCCCAUUUCAAAGGUGUCAAGUCAUUACCUACAGCAAAGAUAAAUACAUCAAAAAACAAGAUGGUUAAGGUGCAGAAACUGACUGCCAAGGAAAAAAUAAAAGGUUGAUGUUUAGAUAGAGCUGAGAUUUAUUUUAUGUACACAGUAUCUGGCAAAGAAGUAUGAAGAAUAUAAAGCGGUAAAAAAGGAUAAUUUACUGGGGGUGUGAAGAUUGAAUAAUGAUUUUUUUAGGGAACAGUGCAGUUACACUCGAAUGUAAGUGUUGUCAAUAGCUGAGUAAGACUGACUGUUGAUUUGACCAGAAAUAUAAAUUGAAGCACAAGUUGCAAAAGGACCAAAUGUGUGAACGCACAUUCAAUAAGUAAGGGAAUGAUGGUUUGUUUAUCAGAUUGACUUCAUUUUAUCUUUGUUGAGCAGCAUUUUUCCUUUACUGCAUAACUUGCAUAAAAACCUUUUUACAUUCACAAUUUUGCAUGUGAAGUUAUGAAUUUACAAAAGGUACAUGUCAUUUGGCUGUUAUCAUUGUUUUUCCCUCGCAGAAACCAGUUUCCUGUUUUUAUUUAAUAAUGUUUGUUUUUGUGUACUUUUUCUCCAAAAGAAAAUGUGUAUUGAUAGAAACUAGUCAGUAAUCAUGUACCUUAUGACUCUAGUCUGACUCAAAUAAUAUGUUAUAAAAGUUAUGGAUUAUUUUAGAAUUACAAGUUAUUGAUUGAUGUUAAAAUGUUUUUUUUUCUUCUUAUAAUGGAUAAAGAACAAACACACAUGCACCCCAUUUCCAUAGAUUAG